AUGGCUCCGCCAGUCGCCGCAAUCGACGAGAGUAUUAUCCAGAACCUCGUUGCGAACGACCAUGUGCGAUGGUGGAAUAAGCCGAACCUUCGGCGACUCUAUCUCCUUCUGGUCCCGUUCUGCUUGUUCAUUGAGUCGACAUCUGGCUUCGACUCCUCCAUGAUGAACGGCAUGCAAGCAUUAACCUACUGGAAGGAAUUCUUCAAUUACCCCAAAGGCGGACAGCUGGGCUUGCUGGUCGCCUGCUACAACCUAGGAGCUAUCACUUCAAUCCCUUUCAUAUCUUUGGUUUCGGAUCACCUGGGCCGGAGAAAGUCAAUCGUUUUUGGAUCGGUGAUUAUGGCCAUUGGUGCCAUCAUGCAAGGCCUCUCUAAAAAUCUCGCCAUGUUCGUCUUCUCCCGCAUCUUCUUGGGCCACGGCAUUGUCUACGCCAUCAUCGCCGGCGCCGCUCUCCUCGGCGAACUCGGCCACCCAAAAGAACGCGCCUUCCUAGGUAGCAUGUUCAACGCCUUCUUCGGCGUCGGCGCCGUCCUAGGCGCCGGCAUCAUCGUGCAAACACGCCUCAUCCAGAGCGACUGGAGUUGGCGCCUCCCCUCAAUCCUGCAAGCGCUCCCAUCCCUGAUCCAAAUCGUCUUCGCAUUCACAGUCCCCGAGUCACCCCGCUGGCUCGUCUCCAAAGACCGUCACGAAGAGGCGCUGAAUAUCUUGAUAAAGUACCACGCUGAAGGCGACGCGUCUGCUGAACUCCCGCAUGUGGAGCUCGCAGAGAUCCAAACCGCGCUCAAAAUCGAAAAUGAGUCCCGCGCCCGCGGCUGGGGCGAACUCUUCCAGACAAAAGGCAUGAGACACCGAUCUCUCGUCGCCGCUGCUCUGGGACUAUUCGUUCAGUUCUCCGGUAACAAUCUCAUUAGCCAGUACUUCGUCCCGAUCGCUGAGAAAAUCGGUAUCACGAGCAGCUACGAGCAAGUGCGCUACAAUGUUGGCAAGGAGAGCUGGGGGUUCCUUGUGAGUCUGCUGAUGGCGAGUGUUACCCCGAGGUUUCCGAGACGAAGGAUGUAUUUGCUGUGUGCGAGUUGUCUGCUCACGGUUUAUACGGCGUGGACGAUUGCGCAGGCGAGAAAUCGGAUUACGGGGAGUAAGGAGUCGGGGUAUGCGGUACUGGUCUUUAUCUUCCUUUAUUCUCCAGCUUACUGCAUUGGAUACAACGCGUUGACGUAUGUAUACAUGGUGGAGAUCUUCCCGUACUAUGUGCGAACGAAGGGGCUGUCGUGGUUCCAGCUUUUCGGUAGAACGGCUGUCAUGUUCGGCUCGUUCGUCAACCCCAUCGGUCUCGAGAAUAUUGAUUGGAAAUAUCUCAUUGUCUACGUCGUAUGGCUCUGCUUCGAGAUCGUGUUCAUCUACAUCUUCUUCCCUGAGACCUACGGGAAAACAUUGGAGGAAUUGCACUUCCUGUUCGAGUCGGAGAAGGACGAACGUGAUGCACUGGUCGCUGCGGUGAGCAAGGUCGUUAAUGAUCCCACGGUCAUUGAGCUUCACGAAGCACCAGACAAGAAAGCUUGA